AUCAACUCUUGAAAAGACAGAUGACAAUGACAUACCUACUAAGUCUGUGACAAUGACAGCUUCGAUGACAGCAUUGUUUUCGUCGUAAAAUUUAAUUUGGUUGGAUUCAGUAGAUCAAUUGAAAAAUUAUGGGUAAUGCAGGAAGUAAUCAGGCUAAAGAAUGGCAUCGAGAAACAAUACCUAAGGUGCCUGAUGUUGGCCCGUCGUCACCCGUAAAAGAAGGUGAGGCGUUUACAUUCGAUAAAAAGUCUGAUGAUGUGCGUGGAGGUAGAGAUGAAGAUAGUACUAUUGAAGAUGGGGCACCGUAUUACACAAAAGCAGCUCCUGAAAGCGAGGAAGAAUACAAUGCUCCACGCGAAAGGUCAAACACAUUGACAGAAAGCAAUAAAGACAUUGAUGAAUUGAAAGUGUUACCAACAGUUUUCAAAUGGGAAGGUGGUGGAAAGCAGGUUUACAUAUGUGGUACAUUUACAGAUUGGAAAACAAUUCCUAUGGUAAAAUCUCAUGGAGAUUUUGUUACCAUUAUUGAUCUACCUGAAGGUGAACAUCAAUACAAAUAUUUUGUAGACGGUGAAUGGCGUCAUGACCCAACAGUGAAAGUCAUAGAUAAUGGUAUGGGAUCAAAAAAUAAUUUAGUGACUGUAAAGAUGUCAGACUUUGAAGUGUUUCAAGCACUUGCUAAAGAUAGUGAAGGUGUUCACAGUAGUGCACAGACUGAAUAUUCUCAGGAAAUACCACAGUCUAAACCAUGGGAAAAGGUAUCUGGUCCCCCUAUAUUGCCUCCACAUUUACUUCAAGUUAUAUUGAAUAAGGACACACCUUUAUCAUGUGAACCAACUUUAUUGCCAGAACCAAACCAUGUGAUGUUAAACCACCUUUAUGCCUUAUCUAUAAAAGAUGGAGUUAUGGUGUUGUCUGCAACACAUCGAUAUAGAAAGAAGUAUGUUACCACUUUGCUCUACAAACCCAUUUAAAAACUUGCAAAGUUAUUAUGAAAUUGUUACUGUAUUUCGUUUUAGAUAUAUUGGCAUAGAAAUUAUAUAGUGUACAUAAUUAUAAUAAAGUCAUAAUUUAUUAGUAAGUUUAAGAUUAAUUAGGUUGUUGCAAUUUAAUUGAAAUAAUUGUUAUUGUGAGUUGCAUUCUGGUGUAAGCUACAACAACUUUAUUAAUUUUAUUUAAUAAUACAUUGUCAUUAAGUGAUUGUAUUCAUUUACAACACUACAGUAAGAAUUUUCAGAAUUAUAACAUCUAUGACAUAAAUUUUGCUUAUUACAUAAAAACACUGACUGUAAUCACUUGGAGUCUAAUUUUACCCUGUCUUCAUCAGCUUAUUAUGUCCUCACUACUCGGCGAUAGGUCUUCCUCUUGGGUAGAAUUACAUAGGGAGAAUGAGCCAGAACCCACCUUCCUGGCGGGUAUUAACAACUGCAAAUGCAGCCGGGACCAACGGCUUAACGUGCCUUCCGAAGCAUGGAGUAGCUCGAGAUAAUAAUUUUUUUGGUCACCUAUC